AUGGCCCCGCCCCUCGCACCACGCUGGGCGGGGCCUCUCUCGGGUGUGUGGCCAGCCCCGCCCCCGGCCAGAGAGCUCCGAGUGCUGGGCUUGGGUCCCGGCAUCCAUACGCGACUCUUCGCCUGUUUCCCUGCUGGUGUCACAGCUCAGGUGCGCCGCCGACACCGCCCUGCUGCUGCCAUCAAGUCCCAGCCAGGCCACGUGGAGCGGUGGGCGGCCAUCCGCGGCAUGUGGGGCCGGGCGCGCGGGCAGCGCCUGAAGCUGGUGUUUCUUCUGGGGGUGGCAGGACCCGCGCCCCCCGCCCAGUUGCUAAUGUACGAAAGUCGCGAAUUUGACGACAUUCUGCAGUGGGAUUUCUCUGAGAACUUCUUCCACCUGCCGCUCAAGGAGUUCGCCUGCCCCCAGGUCCCCUUCUUGCUUAAGGGGGACGGUGAAGUCUUCGUUCAUGUCCCCAACAUACUGGAGUUUCCGAACGGUUGGGACCCAGCCCAGGACCUCCUAGUGGGAAAUGUCAUCUGCCAGGCCCUGCACAACAGGAACACCAAGGUCAAAUACUUCAUCUCCCACACCCCCCCCCCCCGCGUAUAUAUAGGGCCCAUCCUAUGCGGGGUGCAGUGCCUGCGGAGGGCCGCGGAGGAAGCCGAGCUCCUCCUCAUCAAUGAUGUCUUUGUGGGGAUGUGCCUGAGGAAGCUGGGCGUGAGCCCCACGCACCACUCCGGCUUUAAGACGUUCGGGAUCCAGCGACCCCUGAACCCCCUUGAUCCCUGCCUGUACAGCGAGCUCAUGCCCCUGGAGAUGUGGACCAUGUGAGUGCUGGUGACCGAGGAGGAGCUCCGAUGUGCCGCCGCCCCGCAACCCCAGCCGCGAGUGGCGGGUUGA